GUUGCUUUCCUCUCAGUCUGAGAGGCAACUGCUGUUUCUUUUUCUUUUCUUUCUUUCUUUUUUUUUUUAGUUUUUACUUCCUCUCCUGUGUCAGACAUCAGCAGGAGUCACUGCAGACUUGUUUCCCUUUCCUCGCGGUACUUUAUUUUGUUAUUUUUGUUCCUGGGAAGUACCAUGCCGGUGGUUGGCGUAGCCUCCAAGCUCAGGCAACCGUCCGCGGUGAGCUGCAAGCCGGUGCAUACCGCUCUCCCCAUCCCCAGCGCGGUCAGGGCAGCCGCCUCGCAGGGCUACGUGGCCCGGCAGCAGGAGCUCAGGGCAGGUGAUGGCGCCCAGGGGCUCUCCUGCCAGCUGUCAAUCAAGUCCGAGAACCAGCAGCAGGAGAGGACACCUGAAGGGAAGUCCAGAGCCGAGACGGAGGAGAGCAAGAUCUGCAAGAUUUACACAGACUGGGCCAAUCACUAUCUGGCCAAGUCUGGCUGUCAGCGCCUCAUCAAAGACCUGAGCCAGGACGUCACCGAUGGAGUCCUGCUGGCCCAGAUCAUCCAGAUCAUAGCGAACGAGAAGGUGGAGGAUAUCAAUGGCAGCCCCAGGAGCCAGUCGCAAAUGAUCGAGAAUGUGGACGCCUGCCUCAGUUUCCUGGACGCCAGAGGAGUGAAUGUACAAGGGCUCUCAGCAGAAGAGAUCAGGAAUGGCAACUUAAAGAGCAUCCUGGGCCUCUUCUUCAUCCUGUCGCGCUACAAGCAGCAGCAGCAACAGCAGCAGCAGUACUACCAGUCCCUGGUGGAGCUCAGCCAGCAGACCAGCAGCACCGCACCGUCCGCCAGCAGCCUCAAGACACAAGAGAUGCAGUCCAGUCUCACAGCACGAUAUGCAAGUCCUCCGGGCCACAGUGGAAUAGGGUCACCACAGAAGAAAAACACCAGGCUACCAGGCCCCUCCAGAGUACCUGCUGCAGGCAGCGGGGCCUCCAGGAGCCCCGGCUCGUCCAACCUCAACCGCCGCAGCCAGAGCUUCAACAGCAUCGACAAGAGCAAGCCUCUUCAGUAUGCCAGCGGCAACGACAGAGAAGCGGUGAGGGGUAUCCCAGUACCCGGCGGGAUGAAUGGGAGCGGUCUUGGUGGGACGGUUCCCACCAGCCUCAGCGGGCAGCAGCUGGCCUCUGCCAUCCCCUCACCCACUGCCGGCAAGUCCUGGCGCAGCAAGUCCAUGAACCUCAAGCACAGCGCCACUUCGUCCAUGCUGGCGAGUCCCACGCACUCACCCUCACCCAGCCUGUCACCCAAGGCCUCUGAAGGCCUUCAGCCGCACGGAAGUGAUGGGUCCAAAGUCGGGUCAGCCGGCGGUGGUGGACCCCAGAGGUCCAUGCUGGAGAAGUUCCGCCUGAUUAACCCGAGAUCGGCUUCACGAGCGUCUCCGUCUGUGGCAGAGAUGGCUCUGCAGGAGGAGGAUGACCUGUCGGAGUAUGGUGAGGAUGGAUUGACGCCUACGGGUUCGGUGUGCAGCAGCAGCAGUAGCAGUGCUACUGCCAAGCAAAUGUCUGCCAAAUCCUCUGCACCAUCCCUCACUGCACCGAGCAAGACUUCCUCUUCUUCCUCCCCUUCCUCUUCAUUUUCAAAAGCGUCUGCCAAUGGCAGCAGGUCCAUGGCCUCGUCCAAAGACAGGGAGGACAAAAGCAGAUCUGGGAAAUCUUCUAAGGACAGCUCCCCAGCCAAAGAGGAGCGUGAGUCAUUUGCUGACCCCACAAAGAAGAGCUCCAAAAUUGCCAGCCUCAUCCCCAAAGGAGGAAAGCCGUCUUCCGGAAAGAAAGAUGGCGGUGCCUCCCCGGCUUCCAGUGGCAUCCCUAAGCCGGGACUAAAAGCUCCCUCCAGCACGACGUCCAAGCCUCAGAGUCCGCCACAGAGCCAAAGCCAGGCCGCCUUAAACAGUAGCGGCAACAUGCGGGGUGGAGACGGGGAUAGAGCCAAGCUGACGAAAGGAGGGCAGAGUGGAAGUUUCUAUAUCCAGCGCUCCAGUGUGGCCCUAGAGGGCAAAAGGACCAACAUGACCUCUUCCACCAGCACCUCAGCCCUGUCUGGUUCCAGUGGGAUGCUGGGAGGAGGAGGAGGAGGAGGAGGUGGCGGAGGAGGAGGAGGAGGAGGAGGAGCGCUUGGAGGGAAUGGAGUAGUUCAGCUUCCUCAGCAGCAACAGCACAACCACCCCAAUACUGCCACUGUGGCCCCCUUCAUGUACAGGACAUUCUCAGAAAACGACUGCACCAUGGUGGCCCCAGCAGACCCCUGCCUCAGCCCCACCAAGGGAGAGCUGGUCUACAGCAAGACAGCCAAACAGUGCCUGGAGGAGAUAUCAGGAGAGGAUCCUGAGACAAGACGCAUGAGGACGGUGAAGAACAUCGCUGACCUGCGGCAGAACCUGGAAGAAACCAUGUCCAGUCUACGGGGGACACAGAUAAGCCACAGUACACUAGAGACAACAUUCGACACCACGGUAACCACUGAGGUCAACGGGCGGAGUCUACCAGCCCUCACCACACGCUCCUCCCCCAUGGCCUGGCGUCUGGGCCAAUCACAAACCCCGCGUCUCCAGGCAGGCGACGCCCCCUCAAUGCCCAACAGCUAUGCUGCGCCCAGGGCCAGCACGACGAGCGCUGGCACCACCACGGGGCGCUACAGCGGGCACUCGGACCCCUCCAGGUUUGUGUACAGCGCCCCCCUGAGGCGAGCAGCAGGGGCAAAGGGGGCGGAGCAGGGGGAGAAGGGAGGAGGAGGGCUGGAAGGAGGGAAGCAGAUGGAGAUGGCAGGGUACAUGAGUGAUGGGGACCUCCUAGGGAGGAACGGCCGGAUGGAUGAGAUCACCAGCGGAUACCUAACAGACGGCGGCCUCCAUCUGUAUGCACGCAACGCAGGCCGAGCCUCAGAAGGGGCUUCUUCUCGAGAAGUCUCCCAGCGCGGGAGCAAAGAGAUGCAGGGCGACAUAGACAGUUGGGACGACAGCAGCUCUGUGAGCAGCGGCCUGAGCGACACGUUGGACAACAUCAGUACCGAUGACCUGAACACACCCGCCUACUCCGCUGUCAGCUCAUCACGCAAAAGCAAGGGAGUGCAGUCCCAGAGAGAAAGCAGGUCCAAGCAUGCAGAGCAGGAAGUGAGCAGCAGCUGGGCCGGAGCCGAGGACCUGAAGAAGGUGGAGGAGGAGCUGGACACAAGCAUGGACCCCAGCAGCGGCUCCUCCCGCUGGAAGCCUUCCUCAUCCUCCUCUUCUUCUCAAGCCCAGGGCCAGUAUGAAGACGCCAGUCAGAAGGCCGCUGCCCUGGCCCAGAUGUCCCAGACGGGCUCGUGGAGGAGGGGCAUGACGGCUCAGGUUGGCAUCACACCACCCAGGACUAAGGGUACCUCUGCUGCCCACAAAACACCAGGCAAAACUGAUGAUGCUAAGGCCUCUGAGAAGGGCAAGGCGCCUUCCAAGAGUUCAGCUGCCAUCCAGCGCUCACCCUCAGACGCUGGGAAGAGUAGUGGAGAUGAAGGUAAGAAACCUCCCUCUGGCAUCGGACGCCCACCCACCACUGCUUCUUUUGGAUACAAGAAGAUCCCGGGUCCCAGUGGUACCCUAAUCACCUCCAGUGGUGCAACGCUCGCCAGCGGCUCAGCCACCCUGGGCAAGGCGCCCAAAUCCUCAGCUGCCCUCGGCAAAGGCACAGGCAUCGGUGGUGUGCGUAAGACCAGCCUGGACGGCUCGCAGCCCCAGGAUGACGGCAUCCUACUCAGCUGCAGUGGCUCCAAAGUGACCCUGCAGUACCGCUCUCUACCCAGACCGGCCAAAUCCUCCAGCGGGGUGGGAGCCGGGCGCAGUGGGCAUCGCUCCAGUUCCAGCAGCAUCGACUCCAACGUUAGUGGCAAGUCAGCUGGAGGGGCAGCGACACAAGCGGGUGCCAAACGCAGGGAUGGAAAAGUGGGCUCAGACCGCUCCAGUCCCAUCACCAUCAACCAGACAGACAAGGAGAAAGUGGCGGUGUCAGACCAGGACACCUCAGCUGGACUAUCCACCUCCCCCAAGUCCAGCCCCACCUCCAGUUCAACAGGCCAAUCAGGCCUCAGGCAGCCCGGCUCCAAGUACCCAGAUAUUGCUUCUCCUACUUUCCGCAGAUUGUUUGGCACCAAAGCCAGCAGCAAGGCCAGCUCUCCGGGCACUCCCGACUCUGGCAAGUGCCCCUCAAUACUGGGCAGCCCCCACGGCACACUGGCAAGGCAGGCCAGCCUGGACUCACCAUCCUCUGGCACUGGGAGCCUGUGCAGCGGUGGCGGCCUGAGCGGUGGCAGCAGCCCACUGUACGGUAAAACCCCAGACCUGUGCACUGACUCCCCGGCCUCCAGUCCGGCCUCUGGCCUCUCCCUGCCCUCCAACUCUCGCCCCUGGCCUGCAUGUAGCUCGUCAGCUGGCAGCAAGGACACACUGAGUUGCCAAAGCAUGACCAGUCUGCACACCAGCUCUGAGUCCAUUGAUCUGCCGCUAGGCCACCACGGGCCCAAGGUUACACGAACCGGCAGUGUCAAGUCCACCCUGUCUGAGGGCAUGCCUCUUGACAGAAACACGCUUCCCAAAAAGGGACUGAGGUACCCUCCGUCCUCCCGGCAGGCGUCCCAUGAGGAAGGGAAGGAGUGGUUGAGGUCCCAUUCAACAGGGGGACUUCAGGACACAGGCAGCCAAUCCCCACUGUCUCCUGGAGCUUCCUGCACCACUACUGGAAAAUACCACUACUCCAACCUGCUGAGCCCCACCAACAUCAGCCAGUAUAACCUGCCACCGGGCAGCAGCAGCAUGAGCCGCUCCAACAGCAUCCCUGCCCAGGACUCCUUUGAACUGUACGGAGAGGGUCACCCACUGGGUGGUAGCGCAACCUCCCUGGAUGACCGGCCACGGGCCAUCAGCCGCUCCGGCUCCUUCAGGGACAGCACUGACGAAGUCCAUGGCUCUUCAUUGUCUCUGGUCUCCAGCACAUCUUCACUGUACUCUGCGACGGAGGAGAAAGCCCACUCAGAGGGCCAAACAGUCCAAAAUUCCACGCAAAUCAGAAAGCUGCGUCGGGAGCUGGACGCCUCUCAGGAGAAGGUGGCGACCCUGACGUCUCAGCUGUCUGCCAAUGCUCACCUGGUGGCGGCCUUUGAGAAGAGCCUGAGCAACAUGACCUGCCGCCUGCAGAGCCUCACCAUGACCGCUGAACAAAAGGAGACUGAGUUGGUUGAGUUGAGGGAGACAAUAGAGACACUGAAGACCCAGAACACUGACGCUCAGACAGCCAUCCAGGUGGCGCUCAACGGCCCUGACCACCUUCACAAAGACCUGCGGAUUAGACGGCAGCACUCGUCAGAAAGCAUGUCCAGCAUCAACAGCGCAGCCAGUCACUCUAGCAUGGGCAGUCUGGGAAAGGACACCGAAGACAAAAAGAAGAAGAAGAAGAGCUGGGUGGCUGAUACCAUCCCGGCUCAGUUGCGCAGCUCCUUCAAGCAGGCGUUUAGCAAGAAGAAAACCAAAUCCCAGUCCCACGACGAGAUGGAGGAGAUGAACGACUCGCUGCCGUCCUCGCCCAAACUGCAGCACGACAACCGGCAAGGCAGCAUCGCCACGCUGCAUUCUUCGCCCUCCACCACAGACAAGUGCGUUUGCGAUAGCAAGUCCUCUCCCAUUUGGACGCCAAAGAAAAGGCAAAACGGUCAUGUGGUCUACAAGCACAGAUCUCGGCUGUGCGAAUGCACCGAAGCCGAGGCGGAGACCAUCCUCCAGCUGAAGAACGAGCUGAGGGAGAAGGAGCUCAAGCUGACGGACAUCCGCCUGGAGGCGCUCAGCUCCGCCCACCACCUGGACCAGAUCCGAGAGGCCAUGAACCGCAUGCAGAAUGAGAUCGAGGCGCUGAAAGCAGAGAACGAUCGCCUCAAGUCCAGCGGUAACGCAACGCCAACGGCCACGCCCGUCAAGACGGCCCGGCCGCCCUCCGAGACCUCCAGCACGUCCUCGUCCUCCUCCCGUCAGUCCUUGGGGCUGUCGCUCAACAACCUCAACAUCACGGACACCAUCAUGUCAGAUAUUCUGCUAGAUGACGGCUACGAGGGCAAUCUACGCAAAGAGGGCCGGAGUGUGCGAAUAGUGGUUACCAUCAACAGUGGGCCAUACAGCACCAAGGGUACACAAACCCAUGCGUACCUGAUUGGGUCUAUCGGUGUGAGUGGGAAAACCAAGUGGGAUGUUCUGGAUGGAGUCAUCAGACGCCUCUUCAAGGAGUAUGUGUUUCGGGUGGACCCUCUGACCAGCCUGGGUCUCAGCUCAGACAGCAUCGUCUGCUACAGGAUGGGCGACGUGGUUCGCUCCCACACCUCCGAAGUGCCUGAGCUGCUGCCCUGCGGCUACCUGGUGGGCGACAACAACAUCAUUAAGGUCAACCUCAAAGGUGUGAGGGAGAACAGUAUAGACAGCCUGGUGUUUGACACGCUGAUUCCGAAGCCCAUCAUCCAGCGGUACCUCAACCUGUUGAUGGAGCAUCGCCGUAUCAUCCUCUCAGGACCCAGCGGCACUGGUAAAUCCUUCAUGGCUGCCAAGCUGGCCGAGUACAUCAUUUCCCAGAUGGGGCAGCAGGUGACCGAGCACAACGUUGCCAGUUUCAACGUGGACCAGAAUUCCAGCAAGGACCUGCGUCAGUACCUUUCCACCCUGGCAGAACAGUGCAGCUCUGAGGAGACGGACACAGAGCUCCCCACUGUGGUGAUCCUGGACAACCUCCACCACAUCGGCUCCCUCAGUGACAUAUUCAACGGCUUCCUCAACUGCAAGUACCACAAAUGCCCUUAUGUUAUUGGGACCAUGAACCAGGGAGUGUCCUCCUCUCCUAACCUCGAGCUACACCACAACUUCAGGUGGGUGCUGUGCACCAACCACACCGAGCCGGUCAAAGGUUUCCUGGGCCGCUUCCUGCGGCGGAAGCUGAUAGAGACGGAGAUCGAUAAGAACACGCGCAGCAAUGACCUGAUUAAGAUCAUCGACUGGAUCCCCAAGACCUGGCAGCACCUCAACGGCUUCCUGGAGGCACACAGCUCCUCCGAUGUCACCAUAGGCCCCCGUCUCUUCCUGUCGUGUCCCAUGGAUGUAGAAGGCUCUCGGGUUUGGUUCACUGACCUGUGGAACUACUCCCUGGUGCCCUACCUGCUGGAGGCUGUCAGGGAAGGGCUACAGCUAUACGGCAAGAGAACAGCAUGGGAGGAUCCAUCCAAGUGGGUGAACGACACGUAUCCAUGGAACGCCGCCUCGCUGCAGCAGGACGGCCAGUCACUGCUCCAACUGAGGCCGGAGGACGUGGGAUACGACGGCUACAGCUCAUCCAAGGAGGGAGCCUCGUCCAAGCAGGUGUCUCAGAGUGACACAGAGGGAGACCCACUGAUGAACAUGUUGCUACGGCUACAGGAGGCAGCUAACUACUCCAGCACACAGAGCUGCGACAGUGACAGCACCAGUCAUCAUGACGACCAGCUGGACUCCUCGCUGGAGUCUGCACUAUGAGACCAAGAGCGUUGUUGCGCUGGGAGACAGCGGACCCCUCCAACCUGGGAACCUUUGAGCCUACCAGACACCUGUAUAGUGCACAGAUGUAGGGUGUAUGAAAAGUUUUAUUAUCCAAAAUGGUAUACCCACCAUUUGAAAGAAAACACAUAUUUUUUACAUUACAAUGGUGCAAUACUAAAUCAAAUUAUUGUGUGUUUUAAAGAGCAGUAGCCAACUUCUCAGCCUCAGUGGUCAAAAUGAUAAACAAUCGUCUGAGUUGGAUCCACAGAUAUAUUUUAAACACAUCCACUAAUAAGGUCAGCUAGUCCUUUUUUAAUGGAUGUAUAACAUUUGAGAAUACAACUUUUCAUAUAUGUGCAGGCAAGAUGUGUCUGACAAGGGACAGAAUUUCUUCUGAAGUUGACUUCCAAGGAGUAAAUCACAUUUGUGCUCAGCCAUGAGGAACCACAGGUCAGCCCAUUAUUUUAACUUUGGGUGUCAGAAAAAAAGAGAAAGCCACGAGUUUAUACUGUAUUUUUCUUUUUUUCCUUCUUUUGUUAAUCCCAGAUAUAUAUCUUCAGAUGUUUACAAUGGGGGAGGGGGGUGGUUGCAGGUUUUCUUGUUUAUGUAUUUCCUUGUUUACAGAGGUGCUUCUCACACAAACAUAUACACUCAUGCACUUAGACACAGGCAGCAGGAGGACACUGUCCUUUAAUCAGAGGCUUUGAUUGGUUUUUAAGCCCCCAUGUGACCAACAAUCCAGCCUGCCAAAGUGUCCUUGAGCAAGGCACUAUUUUUAGCACCCUGGGAUCCUCGUCUCUAAACCUAACCUAUUGAGGGAGUCAAGUAAGAGGAGAGGAGAAUAGUGUUUUUAGGUGAUGUAAUGCCCUUUGGUGGCCACAACAGAAAACUGUCCGUAAACAGAUUUUCUUUAGAUUCAUCACAGGUCCAUCAGAUUGAUUGUGUGCUUCAAUAAUGUCUGACACAGUCAACAACCAGCUGUUUAUCUGAACUGGUUCCUCACAAGUUACUAUAUCGGAGUGGAUUCAGAGCUGAGGGACACAUUGUUUAGCACUAUAUUCACCUUAUUAGGGUGACUUUGCCUUUUCUGAGCAUAAAGACUAUUCUGCACCUCCAUGAUGGCAUCAUAUGUGGUUGAUUUGAGACAUUUGCAAAACCUUCUGCAGCCCAGCUAGGAUCACAAGAAUUACAUUUUCAUAACAUAACACGCACACAAAGGGCACACAACCCUUCUGCUCAGUUGUCAGUUGGGCUUCAUGGUGCUGGUCUCCUGCCCUGAGCCUCCUCAGUGUCAGGCACUGCCAAGCUGCUCCUCACUGACCUGCAUGCAAACAGCAAGCACAAGACAAGUGGAUUGUCUGUGUGUCAUCCAGCCACAUUGCUGCUGUGAAGAAAACAAAAUGGACAAGUGCCAAUGUUUCCCUUUGAUUUACUGCCACAUGUCCACACACACACACACAACCACACAUACACACAGGACUUCAAUGCACAGCUGAUCAUGGUUGUAAAUUUAGAUUACGUUGUUCUUGGCUUUCCACGCUCUACAGCCUGUUGUCACUCCAUAGCUUACAAUGCACCAUAAUACAGCAGGCGGCGCCUUCUGUGGGUCCUCACAGAACUGUCCCAAUCGACCGUUCAUUAAACUCCUCCCUUGAACAGCGAUUGUCCAAUCAUUAGCAACCGUAACUCGGCAACUCUGUCAAGCUUUCUUCACGUCAGUGGUGUGCAUGGAGAUGUAGUUCGAGAGAUACUCAGCAUUUAAAGACUUUGGAGUGUUAGUUGCAAAUGUUAUCAUUAUUGGCUAACUAGCCUACCACCUACAGUAGUAACCAAGCAUAACCUGCUCUUUAUUAAAUUAGGGGAAGCAACACUCCAGCAACCCCAGCCAAUAUUACCCUGAGAUAGCAUUUGCCAAACACAAGGUUAGUCCUCAUCCUAAAAGGGUUUUCUGUUGCAACAUUAAAAAGUGAAAACAUACUGAAAAUAUGAACAAGUAUGCAAGCUACGCAGCCAAACAGAUUCAUGUUAGAAUUAAAUAGCAGUCUGAUGUUACCAGGUUAACUAGCUUUGCAUUAUAGCAGUACAAGAACCAUGCCGUUUCUUUAUUUCCAUGUGUACUACAUGGAUCAACAACUGGUUGGAUGCUAACUGUUGGCUGUUAAUGCUGCUUUAUCCUUAGUCUUUUAGCCCAGUAUCAUGGAUGUAGCCAUCAAGUCCACAUUUAAGACCCAUUUACUAGAUUUGGAAACAUUAAAAAGUAGAACGUUAGACUAAUUAGCUAGCUAGCUACAGCUUGUGGCAAAUAUGCAAUGGUUAUUGUAAGCUGUAUAGGUGUGAGAAUUGAAAGCUUGACAGGCGUAGCAACGUUUGCGAAGGGGGUCGGGGCUUAGCGAACAGUUAAUUGCAAAUAGCUGAAUUCUGACUUUUGUGUUAUCCUACAUGGAGAACCAAGUGUGUGGGGCUUGCUGCAACAGGGAAAUUCAGAAAGUAAGAGAAAAGCAGUAUACUGACUUUGAAAAAUGUCAAGACCUUCACUCCAACAGAUAUGAAUCUGAGCUAAUCAAUCAGCAAAGUAUUUGUAAUAUUGAAUUGAAUGAGCUGACAGUGUCAUGCUUGGAACUUUCUGGCACUCUUGUUCAGCACCUGCACCCACUGCCUUAAAUGUGCAAAGGUUUGGGAGGUAUCCUCUGCUCCCAUUGGCUAAAGUGAGAAGAAGAGAUGCUAAUGUCGAAUUAUGAUAAUGAUGAUAAUCUGCUUCCUGCUACGUCAAAAAAGCUGCUUGUAGUUGGGAAAACAGCCUCUUUUGUUUUGUGACUCCCUCUUCAUCCAAACCUCCCUUUCUUGUUUCUGACAGUAAAAGUAUAAAAGAGUUGAUGCUGUAUUUGAAUUUAAAACUGACCAAUAUUGUAAAAACAUUUAAAAAGGGGUGUGGUAUUUUUAAGUUGUUGUUUUUUGCCCAGUUGAGCUGGGCUCACUUGAACUGACAGGAGCACAACCAAACUGUUUUGGGUUUUCUAGCCUGAUGAGCAUGUUUUGAAGCUUUUUAAAAGGGGAAUGCAUUGAGAAGAGACCUUUACCGUUACGUAUGCGUGUAUUGGACGGAAGCCAUUUUGAAUUUUGAUUGUCCUCUCUUUGUUUAAUGAGUGGGUUGGUUUUGCACACUUUGAGGUCGGGGUGGGUUGUAAAUACUUAAGUCUUGCACAGUGAAUCAAAAAUGCAUUCUGCCCUGUUGAUGUUACAAUAUGCUUAACCCGCUGAGUAAAUUAUUGUACUUUGAAAACAGAGAAAAAAAAAAGAAAUGCAAAAACUCAACACGCUGUCAGAAACAGGUGUGUGUCUUGUGGUGAUUGGAUGUUUUGCCUAUGCAGGACGCAUACGGUGUACAGUAAGAAACCGUUUUUAACUCACUAAUAUCACAGACUGAGAACAAAAAAAUGGGCACUUUUCCAGUAUUCCCCCACCCCCUCCUGCCAUAAUAUUCUCUGGAUCCUCUCCGUCUUUAGGAAUGCCUGUUGUUCCUUAGAUGCACUUCCUCUCUGGACAUCUUCACCCAAGCUUACCGCCACUGUUAGGCUUGAGGCCGAGGCACCGAAGCUGACCUGACACCGUACUGUAUACAUUCACCAACAACCCAACAGGUGCUACUGGUCAGUCAAAGCCCAUCAUAGACCAAGAAAUCAUGUUGUCAUAACCUCAGGACAAUCCUACCCUCUACAAUCCUACCUGUGUUCAGCUUCACAUGUGUCUCUGCAGCCAAGCCUCUGAUGGUUCGCACAUAUAUCUGGCCAACUUGGCCAGCCUUGUGUCUGCAAGGAUGUGUAAGUUGCAUGAUAAGGGGACAGUUAGUUACCAUGGUAACAAGUUGCUCCUUACCUACAGUUACACCCAUGUAUCUAACCUGAGCUUAGAUCUCCCACAAUUCACCCUCUUCUACACUCCCGUUGUAGACCCUGAGUUUCCGAGCUAGCAGAUUGUUGACACCGUUAUUAGUGUGUCCACCAUAGUGUUGAUGAUCAGCUGGUCAUUUUUCCACACUUACCACUUUGCAGUUACAUCUCAGUUGAAAACCAUAGCAUUUACUCUGGUUUGAGAGAACGUUUUCUUCUUUUUGGGUGAAACAUUUGUCCUUAAAUGUUUUAUAUUUUGUACAUUUGUAUGUAACAUAUCAUGUAAAUAGACAGAGACAGUGAUUUAACUCAUCUGGAGGAUUUUGUAGUCUUUGUAAAGCCCUAAUAAAUAGUAUUUGGUGUCACACGA